UAUCCAAUCUCUCUCUCUCUCUCUCUCUCUAAACUUUCUCUCUCCUUAGAUCUCCCUCCCUACCUGGUUCUCCAGCGAUUUUUUGAUUUAUUUGUUGUAAAAAUUGAUUUGGAUUAGCGAAGCAAAGCUAGUUCUGUAAAAUCGACAAAAGAAUUUUUGAUUAUUUUUUUUUGAUUCUGUGUGAUUUCGAACCAGAAAAUUUUCGAAAUUUCACCGUUUUGAAGGUUUGAUUUUGUUUGUUUUUGUCGUCUGCGAUUUUGUAUUUUGGAUUCUUCUGCUGUUUUGAGAAGGUUAUGGAGAAAUUUGAAACCUAGAAACUGCGAUUGUGAGGCUGUUUCUUCUUCUACGCGUAAUUUUUUCAUUUGGGGGAUUCGAUAAAGAAACAGCCUGGGGGUUAUGAUUAAGCCUUGUUCAUCGCCUUCGUCGAAUUUCGAAGAGCUUUUGGUUUUUCUCGCUUUCGAUUUCUUCUUCUUCUGGAGAUGAGGAGUGAUGGCGGUUCCAAGCAUCAUCAGGGUGGCGUUCCUCGCCCUGGUCGGACCAACGGCUUCAUCCCCAGCUCCUUUCGCGCAAUUUCCAGCUACUUACGGAUCGUUUCCUCUGGCGCCUCCACCGUCGCGCGGUCCGCGGCGUCGGUGGCUUCCUCGAUUGUCGAGAGGGAUGACGACGCUAGCCAGGAUCAGGUAAACUGGGCUGGGUUUGACAAGUUGGAGGGUAAGGAAGGUAUCACUCGUCGAGUACUCCUGCUAGGUUACCGGUCUGGUUUCCAGGUUUGGGAUGUUGAAGAGGCGGACAAUGUCCGAGGCCUAGUUUCUAGACAUGGUGGUCCUGUUUCAUUUAUGCAAAUGUUACCUAAACUAAUAGCCUCGAAGAGUUCAGAAGACAAGUUUGCAGACACCAGGCCUUUACUGGUAGUUUGUGCUGAUGGGAACCUUUCUGUAGGUAACAACAUGCAGGAUGGGGUACCCACUCCACAUAAUGCUGCCAUUCCUAAUGGCCAUGACUCAAGGAAUGGAGGUUUUGUACCAACUGCUGUCUUCUUUUAUUCCUUGCGGACGCAAUCUUAUGUCUACAAUAUAAAGUUCAGAUCAGUUGUUUAUUGUGUAAGGUGCAGUCCCCGGGUUGUUGCCAUCUCUUUAGCAACUCAGAUACACUGUAUUAAUGCUACAACAUUAGAGAGGGAUUAUACCAUUCUUACAAAUCCGAUAGUUACAGGGUGCCCAACUUCUGGAGGUAUAAGCUGUGGACCUCUUGCAGUGGGCCCCAGAUGGCUAGCAUACAGUGGAUCUCCGGUUGUAGUCUCCAAUUCUGGGCGUGUGAGUCCACAGCAUAUGACAUCUUCAGCAAGUUUUUCCGGCUUUCCUUCUAACGGGAGCCUGGUUGCACACUAUGCAAAAGAAUCAAGCAAGCAAAUUGCAGCCGGAAUUGUGACCCUGGGAGACAUGGGAUAUAAGAAGCUGUCCAGGUAUUGCUCUGAGCUUUUGCCAGACAGCAAUAAUUCUCAUCAAUUAGGGAGUCCUAGCUGGAAAGGCAAUGGAACUGUUAAUGGCCAUUUGGCAGAAGCAGAUAGUGUUGGAGUGGUAAUUGUCAAAGAUAUUGUCAGUAAAGCUGUUAUUGCUCAGUUCAGGGCGCACAAGAGUUCUAUUUCAGCAUUAUCUUUUGAUCCAAGUGGUACCCUUUUAGUUACUGCUUCCGUUCAGGGCCAUAACAUUAAUGUUUUUAAAAUAAUGCCUGGCUUUGCUGGAAGUUCCUCUGCAUCUGAUACAGGUUCAUCGUGUAUUCAUCUUUACAGGCUGCAACGGGGUUUUACAAAUGCGGUCAUACAGGACAUAAGUUUCAGUGAUGACAGCAACUGGAUAAUGAUUAGUUCCUCUAGGGGGACGAACCAUCUGUUUGCCCUAAAUCCUCUGGGAGGGUCAGUAAUUUUACCCGCUGUGGAUACUGGGAAGAAUAAUGGAUUGGUUGCUACAACUAAGUCAGCAAUUCAUUGGCUGCCAAAUUCAAAUCUACAAUUGCCUAAUCAGCAGAGCCUUUGUGCAGCUGGUGUCCCUGUUACUCUCUCUGCUGUUAGUCGAAUAAAGAACGGAAAUAAUAGUUGGAGAGGAACGGUAACUGGUGCUGCGGCUGCUGCAGCUGGCAGAGUGACUUCCCUUUCAGGGGCUGUAGCUUCAUCUUUCCAUAACUGCAAAGGCAAGGCUUCAAAUCUGGAUUGUAGCCCCUCAAAGGCCAAGUACCACCUUUUGGUGUUUUCUCCUUCUGGUUGCAUGAUACAAUAUGCUUUACGAAUAUCAACAAGUCUGGAUACAGUAACUGCUGUGUCUGGGUUAAACGCUGCUUAUGAAUCUGGUCAGGAGUGUGACGCACGGUUGCUGGUCGAGGCUAUCCAGAAAUGGAAUAUAUGCCAGAAACAAAAUAGGAGAGAAAGAGAAGAUAAUAUGGAUAUAUAUGGUGACAAUGGAAGUUCAGACAGCAAUAAGAUAUACCCUGAGGGGGCUAAGAAAGGAAAUUCCAUUAAGGGUCCAGGUACAAAAGAAAAGAUCACUCCUGAGGAAAAUCAUCAUUUGUAUAUAGCAGAAGCUGAAUUGCACAUGCAUGAACCUCGGAAUCCAGUAUGGGCCAGACCUGGGAUAUGUUUUCAGUCAAUGGUGAUGGAAGGUGUGAACAUGGAUCGAGACAUUGCUUCAGGCGGGGAAGUCGAGAUUGAAAGAAUUCCUACUCGUACAAUUGAAGCCAGGUCAAAAGACUUGGUUCCAGUUUUUGACUAUGUCCAGACUACCAAGUACCAAAAAACAAGGAAUCAUGCUUUGGAUAACAGUAUCAAUGGGAGAUUCCUGCAUCAGAGGUCUGGAGUGUUUGAAAACGGCAGGAUUUCAUGCAAAAGCAGUUCUGGAUCUCUCGACUCCUUGACUGACUGUGGUGCUGCAUCGACAGAUCUUUACAAUGGCGUUGACAAAAUGAGGCGUUAUGGCCUGGAGACGCCAGCAGAUACCAUGCAUUUUGUAAAUACCUAUGACAGCUCCAAAACAACGACUCAGCUUGAGACUGUAAAUGAUAGAGAGAGCUUAAGAAAGGAGCCUCAACUCAAGUUUGUAAAUAAUAACAUAGAAGGCCUGAAAAUGGAGAAUCAUUUUGAAGAUGAGGACGAGAUUGAUUAGAGGUGUGUGCAGAUAUUCUUUUAUUCUCCGCGAAGGUUAAUUAACAGUGUUAAUACUAUGGGUGAAUUUUAGAGAAGCCAUAGGAGGCUGGACUGUGUUGCGGAAAUUGUGGAUAGUGAAUACUAUGUUGUUGGGUUUCAUCUACUGUUGACCUUGUAAAUAAAUGGCUCUAUAAAUUUCUAAUAAUCAGAUAUAACUUGUAAAUAAUAGCAUCAAAUUUACAA